AUGAAAUUAAAAGGAAUUCUCGUUUUAGCAGUCACAGCGCCUGUUGCAGCAUUUAUCAGUGAAUACGAUUAUAAUUAUUUAGAUGUUCUCUCCUUUGAUGAAUCUGUCCUCUAUCUCGGCGAUGACACCACCGCCAACGAUGUCAAACCCCUUUCCAAGUGGUCUUGGAGUGAUUGUGGCGAUGUUGAAGACGCUCUCAAGCUCAGCAAACUCGAUGUUUCCCCGGAUCCUCCCCAAUCUGGCCGUAAUCUUACUAUAGACGCGGCUGGAACUGUGAACAGAUACAUUGCAGAAGGCGCGUACGCAGACGUCGCUGUCAAGUUGGGUUACAUCACUCUCUAUUCCACUCGCUACGAUCUUUGCAAGGAGGCCCAUAACGCCGAUGCUCAAAUUCAAUGUCCUGUUGAAAAGGGUGAGCGUGCCAUCAAACAGAACAUCCAACUUCCAUCGCAUAUUCCCCCAGCCGCCUACACCCUUCAAGUCAGAGCUAACACCGUCGACGACACUCCACUAGCUUGUCUCAACUUCAGACUAAGUUUUCUUCCGUUUUUAAGUGUUUUCAACUAA